UUUGUUAAAUAAAGUAGAAAAAAUAAAUUUUUUUACUUUUUGCAGUUGUAAUUUGGAGUGGCAGGUGAUACGUUAAACCCAGGUUGGUAUUUUGCUUCUUACUGAGAUCACUCCAAAAAGUAUAGCUGUUCACAAUCCCAUAGAGGUGGCUAGAUUUGGGGUCAGGCCAGUAGCAUGGCUUUCCUUGAUACCAUAUCCACUGGGAAGAAUUGUUACUUAUUUAUCAAUGGGAAUGCUUAAAUUACUUGGUCUAAAAGGGAAAAGUGAACCUUAUGUUAUUGAAGAUGAAUUAAAGCUGAUGCUAGGUGGGGCAGAGUUGAGUGGAGCAAUAGAGGAGGAAGAGCAGGAUAUGAUUGAAAAUGUAUUAGAGAUAAAGGAUACUCAUGUUAGAGAGAUUCAAUGUCAGUGUGGAAUCUUCUUACAGAGUUCCAGAUCAAAAAGGUUCACAUGGCUGUUGUUCUUAAUGGAUAUGGUGGAACUGUUGUGAUAGUAACCUUAGAACAUGUGGUUGAGGAGAAUGUUUGAAGAAAUCUUUGAUGAAGAUGAUUCAAAGAGGAGGAGAUCCAGAAGAAAACUGGCUAUAUUGUAAUGGAGCAGAGGGAGUAUAUGAUGUCCAUGCCCAUGCAUCUAUUUGUUGGCUGAGGACUUGAAUAUCAAAAUGCUAGAGGAACAUCAGUAUGAGACAGUAUCUGGUUUGUGUGUGAAGUAUUUGGAUACAUCCCUAGGGCUGGUGAGAGCAUCGAAGUUGUCCUCAAAAGGGAUAAUCAAGAUGAAGAUGAUAAGCAUGAUGAAGAUGGAUCUCAUCAUCAAGAUUUGAAGGAAAUGCAUCAAAUAUAUAGACUUGAGAUAUUAGCUGCAAAUGCCCGAAAGGUCAGCGCUGUUCGUUCUAAGCAGAUAAACAAUGGGGAAGCAAUGUCAGAGGCCAAAGAUGUAACUCGAUUGAUUCGCAAAAUCAUGAAGAGGAAAGGGAACAGUGACAAAUUGGAUAACAUUACCUAUGAUGAGAUGCAUUUCAGAAGAGAUAAGAGAAUUACCUUUCUGAUUACUAUGUAGCUCUGAAGAUACAUAAGAUAAUGGCCAUUAGCUACAUUGCAUAUUCUGUUUUCUUUUUCUUUAGCUCCUUUUCCUUCCCAUAUUCUUACUGCCCCAUGAAGAAGAAACGGAAGGAAGCCACAGGAUUACUAGGUGGACUAACAUUGUCAUACUUUUUCACAAAUGAAGUAUCAACAUCUGAAAUAUCAUCAUGGUAAGUUGUGCAUAUGCCAGUCUCUGGACCAUAAAUUCUCCAAUAGUGGAGUCUAAACGGUGUGAACCUGGGUAUUCCUGCUCUGCAUACUGGCUUCUCUUUCGAGUGUACACCGAAGAGGCAGCUGUGAAAGCAUGAGUUCAGGGUGGAAAAGCGAUCUAGAUGGCACUAAGAUAUAGCUGCAUUGGUCUACCUUGAUUCAGGCAACAUCCGUAAGAGCUCUUUCUCCUGCCUCAUCUCCUUGGCUCUCUCCAACUGUCUGAACCUUUCUUGCAGAAGAGCAAUGGAUGGAUGAAUGACUGUUGGAUCAAUCUGUCUAUCUCCACUCAUUGGAAGAUGAAGAGUACACUUUAAGGAGACCUCAAAUGCAUAUGCUCAUGAUAUAGGACAUAGCUAGGACUCAAGAUGAUUAUUUUAAUUCAUUCACUCCGGCUAUUUGAUUCUGUACGACUAUAAGUUGGAAUGGACAAAGGCAGCUGAGCUGCAAAGUGGACGGACCUUCCCAUUAUAUUUAGCUUUGAACAUUCUCUUUUUUUCAUUUGUGGACAACACAAAGCUUGAAUACUGUGAACACAAUUCGGACAUUGAUGUUUUUAUCAAAGAAAACCAUUUUAUGGUG